GACACCUUGUCCCCGCAGCGCAUGCGCAGCGGCAUCAGGAGCGAGGAGGAGGAGACGCACGGUCACUCAGGAGCUGUCUCACCGUCUGUCUCAUCGUCUGUCUGUCUUCCUGGGUUUGUUUAUUCCCCUCACGCUGCUCCACAAUGUCGGGAUUCGAUAGCAACCCCUUCGCGGACCCGGUGGACGUGAACCCCUUCCAGGAUGCCUCAGUCACACAAGCCACCAGCGGGGCCGCUGAAACCACCGGGGAGUUCAACCCCUUCUCAACAAAUGACAUGGGAAAUCACACUGGCACGACCAUCCCCAUCUCUUCUGGCUCCACUCAACCUGCCAUACUACAGACCUCAGUGGAGCAGAGCGCACAAGCAGCUGUGACGGCUGCUGCCCAGGUGAGCCUGGUCAAACAGCAGGAGGAGCUGGAGAAGAAGGCGGCUGAGCUGGAGCGGAAGGAGAAGGAGCUACAUAACCGGACGGCAGGCAGAACCAACACUGGCACUAAAGAGAACAACUGGCCGCCUCUGCCCAGUUUCUCCCCGGUGAAGCCCUGCUUCUAUCAGGACUUUGAUGAGGAAAUCCCUGAGGAGUACCACAGGAUCUGCAAGAGGAUGUACUACCUCUGGAUGUUCCACUGCGCCACUCUCUUCCUCAACGUGCUGGCCUGCCUGGCGUACUUUACUGUAGACGCUCAGAACGGUGUGGACUUCGGUCUGUCCAUCCUCUGGUUCCUCCUCUUCAGCCCGGUGUCCUUCGUCUGCUGGUACAGGCCGGUCUACAGAGCCUUCAGGUCUGACAGCUCCUUCAGCUUCUUCUUCUUCUUCUUCGUCUUCUUCUUCCAAGUGGCGGUGUACAUCAUCCAAACCGUGGGGAUCCCCCGGUGGGGAAACAGUGGAUGGAUCACAGCAAUAAGCAUGAUCGGCUCCAAUUUGGCUGUGGCCGUGGUUAUGAUGGUGGUCGCUGGUUUCUUCACUGUAAACUCUGUCCUGGGUAUCAUCUUACUGAAAAUGGUCCACUCUAAGUACAGACGGACAGGAGCCAGCUUCACCAAGGCUCAGCAGGAGUUCUCCCAAGGAGUCCUGACCAACAGAAACAUCCAGACGGCUGCAGCCGGUGCUGCCGCCUCCGCUGCACAGGGAGCCUUUGGCUCUCCGUAGUCUCUUAUCUGACUAAUGUACCGGACUGGCAAUGUCCCAACAUGCCUCGGGGGCUUAUGUGAUAGGGGGUUUAUUAUUUAAUGAAAAUGCUAAUGAGGGUGUCCACUUUCUCCACGUGCAAACUUUUAAAGACACUGUGGAUAAUAAAGAAGAGGAGUGAGAGGUUUUGCACAUGCAUGUAGUGUUACUGAAUUCUCUACCACCCUCAUCAGUACAUGGAAUCCAUAUAACAAAUCAGACUAAUCAUACAUUGUUUAGUUUUAAGUGUAAAGUACAAUUAUUUAAAUCCGGUGACUGUUAAAGACACCGGUGAAAGCAGGAGGAUCCCCCCCCCCCCAAACUGAUCCUUUUGAAAUAAGUUACUGAGGCAACAUAAAUAAACACAGCACAUAAGGUUUGGAUAGUUUAAAAUGUAUAUUUGACAUGAGAAUGUUUUAGCAUCAGUGAUUGAUGGUUACACAUAAUAAAUGUAUACGUGUUGUCAUCACAACAUCAUGCAGGGCCUUACAGGAUAACUAGUCUAUCACCACCUUAUUAUACUCAACUAAACUUGUAAUAUUCUCACUACUCCUACACUGGCUGCCUUAAAAAAUGAGCUUGUUACAUGUUCCACUACUGAUGAACACAGAACUUUUUGAAUGUGUAUAAUGUUGUAUUGGAUCAGCUUGUGAUUAACGAAGGUGACGGGAUGAAGGUUUUUCUUACUUCUGUUUCAAUCUGUUAAUUGGUUUAGAUGAAGUGAGACAAAAAGCUCCUCUGGGUGUAAAUGAAGAAGCUGUUUAACUGGAAUCACACGUUUUUAAUUCAUGCUGAGUUGUUAGAAACAACUUCAUCUUUUUAUUUUUAUGUCGUAGAAUAAUGCUGUGAUUCAUAUGAGAGACAUGGUACAAGUUUAUUAAUUUAAAGUUACUAGCAAAAAAGGCACAUUAAUGAGCAGAAAGAGUACAAAUCCAUCAUCCAUUGUUUUUGCAAACAAAGGUCAUGUGUUACUGAUUAGUCACAGAUUUUAUUUGUUGCAGUAACAGUGAAUCACGUAGUUUAGGUGUGACCUCAGGGCCUUUACGCAGAAGUAACCUACCUAUUUGUGUGUGGGGAUUUAAGGCUGAGUGGUGUCAAUGUCUUUGUCUGAUUUUGUUUGUCUUUUAUUGUACGGUGAGGUUUCCCCUUCGUGAUCAGAUUGUGUAAUAAUGUGUGUUGUACAUAUCGGUGACUUAUUUAAAUCAAAUUUCCUGGAGAUGUAAUUGUUGGAAAUGGUUUCUCAGCCUUAACAUUUAAUAAACUGUACUUUUUUUCCCUCUC